AUGCAGACAUUGCCGAUCUUGGGCUUUGCGGCAGCAGCACUAUUAGCAGCACAAUGGAUUCGAGGUGCCGGUGGUGUAUCGUCCUCGUACUUGGAGACCCAGCAAGUUGGCCUGGAGGCCCUGUACAACGCGACCGGUGGCGAGCAAUGGGCUUCUUCCAGCGGGUGGAGGGAUGCCACGCUCGGAGUGUGCGACUGGUACGGGGUGGUGUGCGAUAGUGAUGGGCGGAACGUGACGGGCCUAGCCCUCGCAGGCAACGGCCUCGCGGGAAACCUCUCCGAAGCGGUAGAACUGUUCGACGUGCUGUCAUUGAUAAGCAUAGACCUGUCAGACAACGAGCUGGUCGGUCCUGUCGCGCUUGGCUUCGGGUUGAUGCCAGACCUGGAGGUGCUGGAUCUCUCGCGAAAUGACCUGUCUUAUUUUCCCACGAGCUGGGGGACCGAGGCCUCGUCACUGCGGCAUCUGUCGCUCCAGCAAAACGAGAUAUCCGGUAUCGAGGGGGAGCUCGAGACACACUCGUUUCCGAGAUCGUUGUCCGCCUUGACGGUGUCCGACAACCUGCUCACCGGACCCGUUCCAGAGGACUGCGCUCAGUUGUCGGUAUUUUUGGCUGAUGGAAACGAGGGAUUGAACGAUACGUCUCUUCCUAGUUUCGCGUCGUACGCCAACAGCAGCGAUGUCGUCACAAGGCACAACAACAUGUCGUGCCCUGUGAUCUCGGGCCAGGACACAGCGGGGCGCGGUGUGCACUUGAGCCUCGACCCCUCGUACCUCGGCUAUUCACACUGUGUGUGUAUCAAAGGCAUGCAGGGGAACGCUGAGGACGGGUGCCAGGCCUGUCCGGAAGGAACCUACAGGGGAGCUGCUGACCUGUUUGCCACGCGUUCUUGCAAGGCGUGCCCCACCCACACUUGGAUCUUGACCACUGGGUCAGAAACCGUCUCCCAGUGCAAGUGCGAGCCAGGCUUUUACGACACUCUCGGAGGGGUCGGAGACGGUGUACCCUCGUGCUCCGCGUGUCCGAGCGGCAGCGUCGCGUCGGACAGCGUCGGGGCGAUCAGCGUGGCGGCCUGCUCUUGCCCCGCGGGUCGGUACCUCGACGAACCCGCGGAGACCUGCACAGACUGCCAGGCUGGAACCUACAAGACCACGGUUGGGAAUGACGUCAGCCUUUGCGUGCCGUGUCCUGAAGGGACCUACUCACCGCAAACCGGAGGCACCAGCUCCGACACAUGCAUCCCCUGUGAGGCCGGCACGUACUCGGAAACGAGCGGGGCGGGAUCAUCGUCGACCUGUCUGCCAUGCCCGAGCGGAACGUUCUCCGCCAAGACGGGGCUGUUCGAGGCGGAACUGUGCGGGAGUUGUCCGGCAGGAUACUACUCAGAAGACGAAGGGGCCACGAGUGUGGACGUGUGCCUGCCCUGUUCUUCGGGAAAAUACUCGUCGGAGCCUGGCGCGUCAUCCAGCAGGGCGUGCGAGCCCUGCCCCGACGGGUUCUCGUCACUCGGAGGCAGCCACGAGUGCGAAACGCUCCUGGCGAACUCGCGGAAGUGGCUGGCGAUCUACCUCGCCGUCGGAGCCUCCACCCUGGCUGGGAUCUGCAUCGUCUACUACACUUGGCAGAAGAAAGUGCACAAGAAGAAGAAGCUAAAGGUCGAUAGUCGGACGGAGACGCCGCUCAAGAUGACCGGGGCCAAGAGGAAGGCGCACAUGUGGGCAGUGUUUUUCCACACGUUGGAGACGAUCGAUGUCAUCACGGGCAACGCCCUCUUCGCGUACCUGCUGGACAUCGGCGCUAUCCAGGGCGUGAUGCAGUUCAUCUACUGGCUCGCCGUGUCUCUCGGAGUGGCGCUAAACGUGUUCCGUUUGUACAUGAUAAUCUGGAUGAAGUGGAUGCUAGUGAACGUUUCGGUGGCGGAGAGGGUUGACAAGGAAGGGAAGAAGGUCCUCGUGGUGUACAUGCCGGCCAACCAGUACUUGCCCGGGAGGAGGCGGUCGGACCGGCGGAUCAUGACCCCCGACGACGCCAAGAUGGUGCUGGAGCUCGUGAAGAUCCUGAAGCACCUCCAAAUCAACAAGUUUAAGGUGCAGCUGGCCGUCGUCAUGGACUUGCCCCUGACCAUCCUCAACCUCUGGCUCUUGUGGAUGGUGGAUCCGGAGCUGAUAAAGAGCGCCCUGUUUCUGACCAGCCUCAUCAUUGCCGUCUUCAGCGCUGGCAAGAUCAGCACGCUAAUAGAGUAUCACCUGGAGCUGCGUCAGCGCAAGCGCAAGCUCGAGCGACUCUUGCUUCUAGAGCUGAGGAGCUCCCGAAACGGGUACGACGACGACGUGAUAGUGGAGGACAACAGUCGCAACGACACCCAGGAGGGAGAUGAAUGCUACGAACAAGGCUACCCCGAGACGCUUCUCGAGGCCCACGGGGAUUUGAUGCGCAACAUUGCCACCACGGAAACCGAGGUAUCAGCGAAAGGGAAAAGCACGUGCCGUUUCCUGAAUGACCCCGAGGUUGCUUCCCAAAAAACAGAAAGUAUUCAGCUGGUGUGGAGGUGGCCUUCAAACAAGACCCCAUCUCUGUAA